UUAUACGGGUACCACGUGAACAGCGUCAUCCAAUCCAAUCAGCUGGUAUUUGGGCCCGUUCGAUGAGUUUUAACUGUAGAGUUUGCCUUGUUGCCGCGUUUAUAUUUGUAUUUUUAUUAGUUUAAAUAGUGAUCAUGUUACGUUAAAGUUUACAAGAGACUUGAGACAUUUAUGUGGUUUAGAAAACGUACAUUUUGACUUUAGGAUCAGUGUCUUUCAAUCAAACUGGUACCAAAAUUAUAUGUCGCCAUUUUGAUCGUACAGUAUCAAACUAAUUUGUUUGGUCUUCAACAAACUUAUAUUUCUGUUAGACCGUCCCUGUGAGAGAAAUGUAAAUGGAUGCGCAAUUGCUAAGAGUACAAAGAAAAUGUCCCAGAAAAGUAGUACAGUAAAUUUUCUUAUCCGUGACGCCAAUGGACAGCCUCAGAUGGUUAAAGUAGUGCAGAAUACUAAUCAAACUAUUGGUCAAAUAAAACUUAAACAAAAUCCUGUAAAAAUUAUUAAGCUGCCUGCUGCCUCAGAGGUCAAUACACAGGCUCCUGUAUACCGGACUGUUAAGUUGAGUGGCAUUAAAUGUGCAUCAAAAUUGGUUCAAGUACCUGUUGAUACAUUCGCUCGUCUCCAAAAAGUUGUUCCGAAAACUGAGCCUGUGGAGUUGGAAGAAGUUACAGAACAAGAAGACGAGCAGAACACCUUCGAAGAGGUCAGCGGUAUCGAGAGCUUGCCCACCGUGGUGCCAGUGGCGUCGAAGCUACAAACAAGUACAAGUACAACCAACGGCAAGGCCAGCUACUUGCCCACCAUGUCCAGUGCGUCCAGGCGGAGACACGACUCGGAUAAUGAUCCACCGCCAGAAUAUACCACAAAACGACGUAAGCAUGCUGAUAAAGUUGGAAAGGGUCUGCGGCAUUUCUCCAUGAAAGUGUGUGAAAAAGUGAGGACUAAAGGGUUUACGUCGUACAAUGAGGUGGCAGACGAGUUAGUGUUGGAAUUCUCGGCUGGCAUGCAUGGAUCAGCUGACAGUCAACAAUACGACCAAAAGAAUAUUCGCCGGAGAGUAUAUGACGCAUUGAACGUGUUAAUGGCUAUGAACAUAAUCUCAAAAGAAAAGAAAGAAAUUCGGUGGUUAGGACUUCCAACAAAUUCAGUACAAGAAUGCACAGCACUAGAAAAAGAGAAGCAAGCAAAAUUGGAAAAGAUUCAAAAGAAAACGCAACAAUUACAAGAACUUAUAUUACAGCACAUCUCAUUCAAGAGUUUAAUAGAAAGAAAUAAAGAGGCCGAGAGCAAAGGUGUCAAACCAUCUCCAUCCUCGGCCAUUCAUCUGCCGUUUAUAGUUGUGAAUACUAGUGAUAAGGCACUUAUCGACUGUAGUAUAUCAAAUGACAAAACAGAGUAUAUGUUUAAUUUCAACAAAAGGUUCCAGAUUCAUGAUGACAUAGACAUAUUAAAGAGAAUGGGACUUUUAUAUGGUUUAGAUAAAGGAGAAUGUUCAGAAGAAGAAAUUGAAAGAGUUAAGAGCAUGGUACCGAAAUCGUUAGAGUAUUAUGUAGAACAAAUGGGUCGAGGCGUGACAUCGAAGCUGUCCAGCAUGCUGGAGGAGGCGCUGGACGACGACGACGGCGACGAGGGCGGCUCGGGCGCCGCGGGCGCGGACGCGGGCGACGCGGACGCGGACGCCGACGACGCGGCCGCCGAGCCCGACGACGAGCCCGCCGACUACAGUGACGACAGCAGCGACGUCGACGUGUAGCGAGCACCCGCGCCGCGGCGCGACUCUUAUAUCACCACGGGCUUUACUUAUAUUCAUACACAGUUUUAUCAUAUGUCCGGCGACCGGUGCGGCCUCAUUUUAUACAACUAUUGUACAAAAGUUUCAAACAAUAUGUUGCUGACGUGCAUGGUCAAAUAUCAAAAAUGAAGUGAAAAUAAAACGAUUUUAUGAAUCA